AUUUUAUCUUAAAAAUAAACACCACUCAUAAAAACCACACUAAAGUCCGGAGAACAAAAAAGAAAUCUACCAAGGAUGUUCAAUCCAAAACCGAACAAUGAUCUCAACUAUCGUAUACCUGGCCAAUGUAUUUGGUUGAAAUUAAAUGGCUCCUGGCCAUAUAAUCAUCAGGAAGCUAAUAAAGAUUUCUAUUCGUCGCGUUAUGUCUGGGGUUGGUUGUACACCGUUUGGUCGUGGUAUGUUGUCUGGUCGGUGGGCAUAACGAUUGGUUUCCAGACGGCAUUUCUUAUCAAUAAUCUCGGUGAUAUUAUGAUGACCACGGAAAAUUGUUGCACCACAUUUAUGGGAGCUUUGAAUUUUGUCCGUUUGCUUCAUAUGCGUUUGAAUCAGCGGCAAUUCAAAGUUGUUAUUCAACAAUUUGUUGAGGACAUAUGGAUAAAUAAAAAACAACAUCCCCAUGUUGCAGCGGUAUGCUCUCGAAAUAUGCGCACAUUCCGCAUCAUGACCGUUCUGUUGAGCUGUCUAAUAUCCAUGUAUUGUGUCUUACCAUUGGUCGUGCUAUUUUUUGAUGUUGGCUUAGAUGCCGACGAAAAACCAUUUCCCUAUAAAAUGUUAUUUCCCUUUGAUGCCCACCAUGGUUGGCGUUACAUUGUCACCUAUAUAUUUACAAGCUAUGCCGGUAUGUGUGUGGUCACAACCCUUUUUGCCGAAGAUUCUAUAUUUGGAUUUUUCGUAACCUAUACAUGUGGUAAAUUUCAAAUAUUACAUGAACGUAUAGAUAAUUUGGUAUUCGAUGCAUAUGAAAGUGUGGCCAACAGACAAAAUGAGUUGGAGAUACAGGAAUGUUAUGUGAAGCUGUUAAAUCGCAUUGCAUAUGAUCACAAUAAAUUGAUUGAAUUUGCUGGAAAAUUGGAAAAUUUCUUCAAUCCCAUACUCUUGGUGAAUUUUACAAUUUCCUCGAUUCUAAUAUGCAUGGUGGGCUUUCAAUUGGUAACGGGAAAGGACAUGUUUAUAGGUGAUUAUGUUAAAUUUAUUGUUUACAUAUCAUCUUCACUGUCCCAACUGUAUGUUUUAUGCUGGAAUGGAGAUUCUCUUAUACAACAUUCUCUGGAGACCGCAAAUCAUUUGUACACCUGCAACUGGGAAGGAGGCCAGAUACGAUCCACAGCCCAACACCAAAACUCAAGAGAAAAUAAUCCAAACAGCCAGGGGAAAGUAUUGCAGAAGCUAUUCAAAAGUGGCCAGGAAAUUGGUCAAAUUAAAGUCUGGCAAGAAAACUAUUAUAUGCCGGCUAGUAAAAAAUUUCGUCAAAAUCUAGAGAUAAUGAUAAUGUGCAGUCAACGGCCCGUGAAAAUAACAGCUCUCAAAUUUUCGACAUUAUCCCUGCAAUCUUUUACAGCCAUAUUAAGUACAUCCAUGAGCUAUUUUACACUACUCAAAACGGUUUACGAUGAAAAUCAAGAGGAUGGACCGGCAAAUUAAUAAAAAUAUUUACAUAAAAAUUUAUUAUUCUAUAUAUAUCAUAAAAGAGAUUAGUAACAACAAUUUACAUAGAUUUUAUCUAGAGAACAUAUUGGACAGUCGUCAAUCAGUUCAGCG